GCGCAGUUACAAGGCGCCGAGUUCAAAGCUCAAGGCGUCUACAGCGCGCAAGCGGGUACCACUGUCACGGUGCGCAUGCAACCGCGCGACAGAUUCGGGAACACCACGGCUUGGAAGUCCUGGCAAACACUCAGCGUUACCGCGAGUGGUACCGAAGACAUAACGUUUACAGAAAUUGAUGAUCAAGAAGCAGUCUCGUCCCGCGGUGUGUUUUCUGCGACGUUUUCGAAAGCCGGCGCGUACGUCGUCUGGGUUACCGUCGGUGGACAAACCAUCGUCGGCUGGCCGCGAGUCGUGCAAAUCAUUCCGGGCACCACCAACGCCAACGUCUCUCAGCUUCGUCCCGAGGCCGAUAGUAUGGCUCUCGCCGCCGAACUGGUGCGCCACGGUGGAAACGACGCUUCUCUCAUCGACGCGCUCGGCCGUCAAUCCACCGACGUGGACAAGCUGCGCGGUGAGAUGAUCGCUUUGAAGCAAAAGUUGGCUUCCUACGAACGCGCUGAACACGACGCGCGUCAGCGUGGCACAAUAGAUCCCACCGCCACCGCGCUGACGACUGAGCAAGUGGACAAGAAGAAUAUGAAAACCAUGCAGUUGAUGGUCGCCGAGACCGAGUCCGAUAGAGGCACGCUCGACUCCGCCAACGACGACGACGAGUUCGGCGACGCGUCGCCAUUCUAUGAUGACAACGUUGACGACGCGGAGUUUGAAGACGCACGAUCGCCGUGA